AUGGGUGGUACAAUUCCAUUUAUGCUACGUGCAGCUAACGGCACAGAAAUCAAAGUGUACUCAACAAAAUUUUUUACGACCAAUUUACGUCUGAGGCGAAAAUUUACGUGGAACUUUCUUGUUGCUGAUGUUAGUCACGCAAUUAUUGGAGCUGAUUUCUUGGCGCACUUUGGGCUGCUUGUCGACCUUAAAAACCGCAUACUGAUCGAUGAAAAAACCUCCCUGCGCUCAACAGGCAGUAUGAUGACUGCAGAUAUUCACAGCAUCACUACUAUAGGUUCCGAACAUUCAUUUCACGAUCUUCUGUCAGAAUAUCGGCAAGUAACACUGCCGACGACAUUUCGUGCUGAAAUUCGGCAUGACGUCACUCACCAUAUUGUGACCAGCGGUCCUCCAGUUGCUUCAAAGGUACGACGGAUGCAUCCUGACAAACUGAAAGCAGCAAAGGAGGAAUUUGCUUUGAUGGCAGGACUGGGCAUCUGUCGACCGUCCAGUAGCAGUUGGGCAAGCCCACUUCACUGCGUGCCAAAAAAAAAACGGCCACUGGAGAUUUGUCGGCGACUAUCGGCAACUUAA